AUGAUCUCACUCAUUUUUGCGUUACGAAGUGACCAUACCAGAUCUUAUAAUUCCAUAUUUAAUUAUUCGAUUUAUUUAUUUAUUUAUUUUCUCUACUCUAUAAAAUCCUUCAUAUGACAGUUUUUUCUGUAAAAAAGUUCUUGAACAAAUUAUUCUUUCUUCAAUAAUGUCAUUCUCUCAACCGUUCCAAACACCCCAUCAGGCUAACAAGGUGGUGGUUCUAGCCUUGUUAUCAGUUAUUCUACUACUAACCAACAACUUAUUAGUAGAAUGUCGCACGGUUAGAGUUUUGGAAGACGGUCUUCCGAAAGGGUGUCGAAAACACGGUGCAUUCUUGACGGACUUCGGAGGGGUUGGAGAUGGAAAGACGCCGAACACCAAGGCUUUUGCGUCGGCCAUUGCUAGCCUUAGCAAGUAUGCGUCCGACGGCGGGGCGGAACUUAUUGUUCCGCCGGGGAAAUGGCUGACGGGGAGUUUCAAUCUCACUAGUAAUUUCACUCUUUACCUUGACAAAGAUGCUGUUCUUAUUGCUUCUCAGGAUGAAUCAGAAUGGCCUGUUCUUCCUCCCUUGCCUUCCUAUGGAAAAGGCAGGGAUGAUACAGAUGGGAGAUUUUCUAGUCUUAUCUUCGGAACCAACCUUACUGAUGUCGUAAUUACAGGGGGAAAUGCAACAAUUGAUGGCCAAGGAGCUUACUGGUGGGAAAAGUUCAAGAAGAAAGAGCUUAAGUUAACACGUCCUUACUUAAUCGAGAUUAUGUUCUCUGAUCAAGUUCAAAUCUUUAAUCUCACUUUGCUAAACUCUCCAUCUUGGAAUGUACAUCCUAUUUACAGCAGCAAUGUCAUAGUCCAAGGCCUUACCAUCCUAGCACCCGUGGAUUCUCCUAAUACAGACGGGAUCAACCCAGAUUCCUGCACGAAUGUACGCAUUGAAGACAAUUACAUAGUAUCAGGAGACGACUGUAUAGCGGUUAAAAGUGGUUGGGACGAGUACGGGAUCAAAUUCGGAAUGCCAACACAACACGUAAACAUCCGAAGACUAACCUGCAUUUCACCUGAUAGUGCAACAAUUGCCUUAGGCAGUGAAAUGUCAGGUGGAAUCCAAGACAUUAGGGCAGAACAAAUAACAGCAAUUAACACAGAAUCAGGUGUCAGAAUCAAGACAGCCCCAGGUAGGGGUGCUUUUGUUAAGGACAUUUUUGUUAAGGGUAUGACCUUAAAAACCAUGAAGUAUGUUUUCUGGAUGACGGGGGAUUAUGGGUCCCACCCUGACCCGGGUUAUGACCCAAAAGCAAUGCCUAUAGUAAGUGGGAUCAAUUACAGGGAUGUGACAGCUGAGGAUGUUCAGAUGUCAGGAAAUCUUGCAGGAAUUGAGAAGGAUAAGUUUACUGGGAUUUGUAUGUCUAAUGUGAGUAUUUCUUUGGCUGAGAAGAAGAAGAAAGUGCAGUGGAAUUGCAGUAAUAUUGAAGGUUUUACUAGUGGGGUUAAUCCUAAAGCUUGUGAUUUACUGCCUGAUAAGCAGCCUGGUAAAUUGGUGCCUUGUCCUUUCCCUACUGAUAAACUUCCUAUUGAUGAUGUUGAGUUGAAGAUUUGUUCAAUUAGGCCAAAGCCUCCUAGAUAUUAUUAAUUAGGUUGAUCAAAUGUAAUUUGAGAAAUUGUAACUUGGCGUUUUAUAAAUAAGAUCGGUUUCUAGUUUAACUUUCAUUUGUUAUUA